UCUGCGGGUUCUUUCCUGCUGAGGACAAUUCUCUUCCUGUCCCAGCCUGUGAUUGGGGGGCUGAGCCCAGGGCUCUAGUGGUUUGGGCCCCAGCCUCAUGGGUAGAAUGCGCCAGCCAGCCCCCAGGCUAGACGAGGGGGCUAAGGGUCAGGGUAGGCAUUUGUUGUGCCCCUUUUUGACCUUUGUAGGCCAGAGCUGGGUGAGGGGCUGGACAAUGAGCCUCCUCUUCCUGAAAGAAGGAAUCUUGGUGGAGACAAUAAGGCCCUGUCUGCUCUGGCAUGGGGGGCAGUGGCUGACUCAACUUUGCAUACCCCCCACCAGGCCCUAACAAAUGUCAUCAAGAAAUGGGGGCAAUUUUCCCUUUACCGCCCUGGGCAGUCCCCACCGCACCCUUCUUUCUUUUCUCAUCUGCUCUUGCCUUUUCUCCCAUGACUUGACCCCACUUUGUUCUCUGCCAGCUCUGACUUUUCCUGCCCCUCAGUUCUUCCCUAGUCUGUGUUGGGUUGAAGGAUGGAGGGCAAGGGCCAGGGGUGCUGCUGGUGUUUAAAGCUAGUAGUCUCUGCUGAUUUGGGGGAGUUCCAAAAAUAAGGGGCCUCAUAGGGUUGAGAAGAGACUUCUGAGGGGCCCUUUGCUUGGCUGGGGGGGGUGAAGGGAGUGGGAUCUGGACCCCACUGAACUGACCAAGCUCCAGCUGUGGAGGAGGCUUGUGGGAGGGGGCAGGAAUGGGAGGGCUCUGUCUGGCCCGCCCCUCCUCUCCUUUGCAGCCCGCGCAGCCCGCCCACCAGUCUGAGCUGCUGCUUCUGAGGCUGGUGGCCUGAAGUCUCCAGGAGAGGGGGAAAGACAGCUGGCAGAGUCUGAAGUCAAGGAGAAACAUGGGGUCCAGGGCUGAGCUGUGCACUGUCUUAGGCGGACUCUCAUUCCUCCUGCUACUGAUGACAGGCGAGGGGGCCAAGGGUGGAUCCCUCAAAGAGAGGUGAUAACAGAGGGGGCAGGGCCAGGGGUGAGGUCUUCAUGAAACCUGCUGGGGCUGGGGUUUCACAGGUGGCAAAACAAAGUUCAGAAUGGGGGGGAGGCUGUCAUUUUUAGGGAGGGUGGGGCCUCAGUGGAGCCUGAAGGGAAGUGGGGCUCCUGGCUCCCCAGGGCCUGGCCCACUCAAUGCCUCUCACUUUCCCCCGCAUGGGUGCAGUCAGGGGGUCUGCUCCAAGCAGACGCUGGUGGUCCCACUCCGUUACAACGAGUCCUACAGCCAACCCAUAUAUAAGCCCUACUUGACUCUGUGCUCUGGAAGGCGUGUCUGCAGCACCUACAGGACCACGUACCAUGUGGCUUGGCGGGAGGUAAGGAGGGAGGUGCAGCAGACCCACGCCGUGUGCUGCCAGGGCUGGAAAAAGCGGCAUCCCGGGGCGCUCACCUGUGACGAAGGUGAGGCUGGGUCUUCCCAGGCCUCGGGGGAGGUGCGCCCGGCCGGGCUGGAGAGCCAGGCCUUCCGCUCGGUUCUGAACCCCGCUUCCUGCGCCCGCAGCCAUCUGCGCCAAGCCCUGCCAGAACGGAGGCGUCUGCGUCCGGCCGGACCAGUGCGAGUGCGCCCCGGGCUGGGGUGGGAAGCACUGUCACGUGGGGCUGGCGUCACUCUCUGCUCGCACGGAUGCCUCAAUACAGCAGGCAGCUUCACCUGUGGCUGCCCCCAGGGCCUGGUGCUGGGCCCGGACGGGCGCACUUGCGGAGAAGGGGCCCCAGAGCCCCCAACCAGUGCCAGCAUCCUCAGCGUGGCCGUUCGGGAGGCUGGACACGAUGAGCGUGCCCUGAGGCGGGAGAUUCGCGAGCUGCGAGGGCGCCUGGAGCGGCUGGAGCAGUGGGCCAGUCAGGCUGGAGCCUGGGUCCGAGCAGUGCUGCCCAUGCCCCCAGAAGAGCUGCAGCCCGAACAGGUGGCAGAGCUGUGGGGCCGAGGCGACAGGAUUGAGUCUCUCAGUGACCAGGUUCUGCUGCUGGAGGAGAGGCUAGGUGCCUGUGAGUCCCCAUGCCCCUCUCUGUGGGGACCCCCAUCUCCCAACAGCUGCCCCCAGCUCUUCCAGACACCUUUUCCCAACUCAGUUUUCUCUUGUCCAAAAUCUCUUCUCCUCCACUCACUCACCCCAUACCUUCCCCAGAUUCCCGCACUUUACCACCCCUUCUCCUGGUCUGUCUCCAACUUGGUGGUUCCACUUAUUGGUGAGCGAGACUGUCAAUCUUUCAGUGUCCAGGGCCCACUCCAGGCAUCCAAGAAGUCCACAGUCAAUGUGUCUGCCUGUCUCCUUGUCAUUAACCAGGCUCCUGCGAGGACAACAGCCUGGGCCCAGGCCUCAAUCGGCGGAGCUAAGGAGCCCCUGCAGAGCCCCUGCCCCACUAAUUUAUACAGAAACUGGACCCACUAAUCCUCUGGGAUGGGCCGGCUGGGGAGCUGCAGAUAAGGCUAUCUGCCACUAAGGAGCAAUGAACAAUGGAAACUUUGGAAAGCUGAAGAAAGGAGGAAGGCGGGUUGUCUUGGCCUGCCCGAGUCUUCCGGCUGGGGCAGGGGCCUGGAGGAGAACUGCUUUUUUAACUCCUUAACAAACGCAGCCAGAAAGUGCCCAGAUCUCUCUCAAUCUUUAUUCUCGGUUUCUUGCUGUUAUCCAGAUAAGUAAUAAAAAUCAACCACGCAAAA